AUGGGCAGGAUUCAGGCCUACGUCGGCUCCUCCCCCUGGUUUGCCACGUCUUCUGGGGUUAGAGAUGGGGCCUUCUGUCUAAUUGGAGCCUUUCGGCCGGUUUUGAGGGCUCUAGUCACGACUGUGUGGGGUAGGGGUGCGGUUCCGAGUUGGUCCUUGGCUCGUUUGGGGUGGAUCUAUGUUAGCCCAUCAUCUUUGGGUGAAGGGAGUGAAUAUGUUGCGUCCCGAGCUUUGGCCUGUCUUGGAAGUGUCGUCGUCGGCUCUCGUCUUGUGCGGUGUUGUGUUGGGACGAUGGCCGACUACUGGGAGGGCUAG